AUGACACAGUUUCGACAACGGCACAAUUUAAGCCACAAUCAGUCCGACUUGGCGGUAUCGGUGGCAGACUGUGCGUGUGUCGUCUGCCGCCACGACUCCGUGAAGCUGAUCAAGUUCGCGGACGACACCACCCUCAUUGGACUCAUCUCCAACAACGAUGAGUCCGCCUACAGGAGGGAGGUGGACCGGCUGGUGUCCUGGUGCAGUGGUAACAACCUGGAGCUGAACGCCCAGAAGACAGUGGAGAUGAUUGUGGACUUCAGGAAGAGCACUGUCCCCCCGCCCCCACCCUCCGUGAUGGACUCCCCCAUCACCUCUGUGGAGUCCUUCCGUUUCCUGGGCACCACCAUCACCCAGGACCUCAAGUGGGAGCCGACCAUCAGCUCCCUCAUCAAGAAGGCCCAGCAGAGGAUGUACUUCCUGCGGCAGCUCAGGAAAGCCAAGCUGCCUGCACAGAUGUUGGUGCAGUUCUACACGGCCAUCAUCGAGUCCAUCCUCACCUCCUCCAUCACCGUGUGGUUCGCUGGAGCCACAGUCAGGGACAAACAGAGACUACAGCGCAUUGUGCGCUCUGCAGAGGAAGUGAUCGGCCGCAGCCUUCCAUCGCUGCAGGACCUGCAGGAGGCUGCGGUCCAUCAGGACUAG